AGUUGGUCUACAAAUGCAGCCAUCUUUCUGCAUGGAUGUUUUUUUCUGUUUCAGAAGGAAGAUGCCAUUAAUGCGGAAACGGAUGAAAGACUGUCUCUUCGGAAGCAUCGCUUCAUGCGUUUUGCAUCAUUGGAAUAUGAAGGAGAGUAUUACAUGACACCAAGAGAUUUCUUGUUGUCAGUAAUGUUUGACCAAGUUGAACGUAAAGCUUCAGCCAAGAAGCUGACAAAAAAGGAGGUAGAUGCUGCACUGCUGUGUGUUACCAAAGCUAAACCAGGACCGACCUUUUUUAGAGAGCUUGGUGAUAAAGGGUUGAUAUCUUAUGCAGAGUACCUAUUUUUGCUGACAAUCCUUACAAAACCCCAGACUGGAUUUCAGAUUGCCUUUAAAAUGUUGGAUACAGAUGGCAAUGAACAAGUUGAAAAGAAAGAAUUCUUUAAGCUACAGAAAAUCAUUGGGAAGGAAGAUGAUUUGAAAGCAGCUGGAGAUGAAACAAUAUUUCAG